CUUGUAGCCCGAUCCCUGAACUAAUUAAGCUUGUCGAGCCGACGACAAUGGCUCGUCCUUCAAUCUCCCCGGCUCUGGUAACAUUCGUCGCAGUCCUUUCUGCGGCCACAGUCGCCUUUGCGCUCCCAAUCACACAGAUGGUCGACAUUACCGGAGGCCAACCUGGUAUAUUAGACGGAGGCAACGUGAUUGCCCUUCGACUGGAUCAGGCCUCAGCCUCUGGUUUCCAGUCGAAAGAUCAGUUCCUGUUCGCUAGGAUUGACAUGCAGAUGAAAUUGCCGGCCGGUGAUUCUGCUGGGACAGUCACCACCUUCUACCUAUCAUCGUUAGGUGAUGCUCAUGAUGAGGUUGACAUUGAGUUCUUGGGAAACGUGAGUGGCCAGCCAUUGGUCUUGCACACCAACAUCUACACUCAAGGCAAGGGGUCAAGGGAGAUGCAGUUUUAUCUCUGGUUCGACCCAACUGCUGCAUACCACACCUACACUAUCCUUUGGAACUCCCAGUUCAUCAUAAUUUACGUGGAUGGGCAGCCGAUCAGAGCCUUCCCCAACAUGUCCGGUAUAGGAAUUCCGUUCCCCACAAGUCAACAAAUGAGGGUGUACGCCAGCAUCUGGAAUGCUGAUCAAUGGGCAACCCAGGGGGGCCGUGUGAAGACCGACUGGAGCCACGCACCAUUCAUGGCCUACUACAGUAACUUCUCAACCAAGCCAUGCCCUGCCACCUCCACUGAUCCUCAGUGCACAAUCCCCUCACCACCUCCAGCCCCUGGAAGCAACGUCCCCCAACUUGAUGCGUGGACGAGAAACACCAUGCAAGGCAUUCAAUCCCAGUACAUGAUCUACAACUACUGCGCCGACACCCAGCGAUUCCCACAGGGGCUUCCCCAAGAGUGCUCUGUCAAGUUUUAGUUGCAAACUAUUCUUUCAUACUCAUAUAUAUACUCCCCAUUUAUAUCCCACCUAAAUGCUGGUUUAAUCACGAUAUGUGAUUCGUUUUCUCUCUCUCUAUCUCUCUCUCCCUCCUUUUCUUAACAAAAUUUGUCGGUGUUUGGUUUUCGAUAAGUUUUUGUACUGCUUGUAAUGAGGGAAAAAAGCAUGAAAUAAAGAUGUCCUUGUC